AGUGCCGAGGAUCCUUCCCUCGUCUCCCCAGAAGUUCUCUCGCGGGACAGGCUCGACACUCCGCGAGUUAUCCGGCGCAAACUCCAGGACAAUGUAGGCAAAUACACGGUUGAACCGGUCGGUGUUGUCAACAACACCCACCGGUACAGAGGUCGGUCAUCUCUCGCCCGACUUCCCCUCCGGGGCCCAGACUAAUUGUUUCCCAGGCCUGGCCGACUUUCAGUAUUCUCUAGGAGAGUCCAGAUUCAUGAAGCAGUUCGUCGAGAAAGUCCUACCCGGCGACGUUUCCAAGUUGAGGAAGUUCUCCCUUCAACCCGGGAUCGAAUCCGGGACCAACAUCGACCUCAUCCCGCCUCCGUACUUCACCCCUAUCACCCUCCCUUUCAGCUACAACUACGCUCAGAACCCCCACACCAAGGAGAUCAGUCUUGGUCCCUCCGACGCCACGGGCGACCUGUCUGAGGACCAAGAAUACGGACGUGUUGUCAACAUCACGUCGCGCGCCCCCGCCGCCGGCUACUUCAUCGCGCACGACGAGUACCCGGUCCCGAGCGGCCCGCGCCGGGAGCCCGACAUGUCCGACCCGCAGGUGGCCGCCAUCAUCACCGAGAUGCGGCAGGCCAUGGAGGAGCGUCCCAUAUGGACGCGCCGCAGUAUGUGGAACCGGCUGGGGGCCAAGUUCGCCGAGCUGCCCAAGAACGGCGGCCUCGUCCGCCACUGCCUGCAGUACGCCGGCUACCAAUUCAAGGGCGGGCCCUGGCGCGACGCCCUCGUCAAGUACGGCCUCGACCCGCGCUCUGAUCCCAAGUACCGCAUCUAUCAGACACUCAUCUUCAAGCUGCACAAGACGAGCGUCGGCAGCGUCGGCCGCUCCUGGCAGGCGCUGCGGCGCAAGGAGAUUGGCGUCUCCAAUUUCGGCAAAGCGUGGAAGGACAUGGGCGCUGGAGACGACGCGAUGCUCAACACGCACAUCUUCAACGGCGAGUCGUUCAGCACGGACGGCAAGGUCUGGCAAGUCUGCGACAUCACUGAUCCGCUUCUGGCCAGGUUGUUUGCCGAGGCCGAGGUGCGCCCCGAGUGCGACGUCGAGAUCAGCGGCUUCUACCACCGCGCGCUGUGGUCCGUGGCCAAGGCCAUCAUGAAGUGCAAAAUGGUCGCUAUCCGGUUCAAUCGCACGCUGACGGACAGCGACUUCAGCGCCGCGCUCGAGGCCGUCAAGAACGUGCCGCACGAUGGCGGCGGCGGCGGCGGGGGUAGCGGAUCCGGAAGUAGCAUCGGUAUCAGCCUGCCCGACCUCCAGUUGACGGCAGCCGAGUAUGAGCAGCUUCGCGGGGGGAAGUACCGCCCGCGGCCCGGCAUCAAGUCCUCUGGACGCGAGGUCGUGGACGGGGUAGGACGCCGGCGAAGAACGCAUUAUCGCGUGCGGAUCCCGCUUAAGGAGACAGAGGAGCGCGAGGCGGUCAAAAUGAUCAAGCUACUUACACAUAACACGCAGGACAAGGAGGCCGCGGGUGAAACAAGUGCCGCGGCCACCGAGGCGGAAGGAUCGACCCCGGGCGAGGAGGUGUUACGUGAGGCUCCAGCUGGAGCAACAGAUCAAGACGUCAGGCUCGCCAGGACAGGGGGAGAAGAGCAAGAUGAGAAGGACGAAGGCGAAGAGGAGCGAACAGAGGGACGUGCGUUCCAAGAAGUCUUGGAAGACAUGGACGAAGAGGACAGUGAGGAGGAAGACGAGGAGGAGGGUGACGAGAGCGAAGAGGGUGAGGAAGGCGAGGAGAUGGUACCCCAGAAGAAGUAUCCCUUCCACCAGGAGAAUGAAUCAGAAGACGACUUGGACCAGGAGGAGGAGUACGAGGAGGGUGUGUAUUCGGACGAAGACGACCAGGAGGAUAUGGAGGACGAGGACGAGGACGAGGACGAAGAUGAAGACGAGUACGGCAGGGGAGAUGAUGACGAGGAGGAGGAAUUAGGAGAAGAGGGCGAGGGAUUUUCCCAAACAUGGGAAGACGACGAUGGUGACGGUGGGGAGGAUGGCCAAGGAUACUACGAGUAGGAUUGGCCGUCGUGAGCCUGUCUAUAUAUAUAUAUAUGCAAAGCGGGACUUGGCUCUCUACUUGCCGAUGUUUUGGGACUGUGGUUUGUUUUUUAACGACGAUUCAUCACAACGACGUACUAUUCAUGCGGACGCAAAUAAUAGAAGGCAAAAAGGGGAAAGAGGGCAAAUAGCCUCGUAUUACGCUAUAUCCACCCAAACGUACACUCCCGCCUCCAAACCCGUAUUAAGCUCUGUCGUCUC